GCCAUGCAUCCGCACAGUCGGUACGCUGUCCGCGGUAAUCUGGCCAGCUUCCUGGUGCAUUGGGACGACGUCCUGGAGCGCCUGCUCGCCAUCACGGAGAGUUCCAGUGCUGCUGCGGCGCUGCCCCACGACGGCGAGACGCUGGCCCACUUGGUUCGCUUCGAGUUCCGGAUGAAAGACAAGGACAUGUCGAAGCACCUGAAGCACAUGCGCCUCCGCGCUCAUGUGGUGCUGCAGCUCGGCUGGGAGCUCAUCGACCGCGGCCACCCCGCUUUUUGUAGAGAUGCUGCUGGCAAUCCCAUCGCAAUCGCCGCUGCCAAGGAGGCGUUUGAAAGGCGCGUGAAGCAGUGCUACCCGUGGCUCGGCACCCCCGAGGACACCGACGGGAAGGUCCCGCCAGCCGUGGACCGGGCGACGGUGGUGGCGGAUCCGUCCAGGAGCAGUGUGCAGGAUAACAAGCACGCGACUCCGGCGCUGGCCAGCACUGACGUCGCCUCUGUUUUCGACGAUGCCAGACCGACCGCCUGCGCGCCCACAGAUGCGACGUCCCGGCAAGGGACCGCGGGUCAGCGCCAACAGCGAGCCAUGGACGGCGGGCCGGUCGUCCCGUACGUCGCCGACGCGGCCAUGUUGGAGCAGUGGAACGGGAAGUACCCCGCGAUCGCUUUCCCGCACACGCUGCUGUGGCAGAGCGGGGGGCCAGACUUCACGAGGUCUUGGCGCAACGGUGCCGAUGCCGCACAUCGGCGCCGCGCGGUGGGGCGGCCCGAGGAAGUGCAAAACCGGCCGUCCAUCAGCAUGGGGAUGUGGCUUGCAGGCAUGAGUCGCCGAGUGGAACACCAGAUCCGAUCGGACUGGCUCUUCAUCCCAGGCAUGCGCAAUGUCCACUUCCGCUUUUUGGGCAUCACCGCGAGGUUGGGGAGCAAAGUCAGGAAGUACAAGGACGAAGACGGAUCCGCUUUCACGGAGCGCCUGACCACGGCUGUCCGCGGGUUGCACGACCUGUUGGCGAAGGGGUACUACGGGCCGAACAGGCGGCCAAUUGCUGGCAACUUGACGGUGCUGCACAUGGCGCAUGGCCUGGACACAACCCAGAAACAGAUCGUGCACAACAUGCGCUCUGUGACGAGCAGCCUUGCAGGCACCCAGGAGCUGCGUCGCAGGAUGGGCCACGUAUUCCAGUCUGGCGCGAUUGGAUACGGGCACGGGCUUUUCAUCACCAUCUCGCCAAAUGAGAAGCAGUCCUGCUUGGCGAUGCGUCUACACAGAGCACGCCAGGGCGACCCGCUGCUGCGCGCGGGGUGCACAGACGACGCACGGAAUGCCACGAGGAAACGAUUGGCGUCACGGGAGUGGCCGUCAUUGUCGGAGAGCGCCGACGCGGAGCUCCCCGAUUUCGAUUUGCGUCUGUGCGAAGUGGCCAAUGAUCCUCUCUCGGUCGUUCAGGGCUUCCGCGUCGCCGUGAACGUGAUCUUGGGCCGCCUCCUGGGUCUGCGGUUGUGCGCCGAGUGCGGCGUCGCGCGAAGAUAUCGUAGGCAGCCCCGGUGCUGUUGCACGGACAAGUUCGGCUCCAACUCGCGCCCCAUGGGCGGGAUUUUCGGGGUUGCUGCAGCUUUGCUUGGCGCCGUCGAGAACCAGCACCUAGGCACGCUCCACUUCCACGGGUUCGUGUACCUCGCGAACAUGUUCCAGCACGCACCCUUGACUGAGAUCGCGAGGACAAUUCGGGAGUCCCCUGGCUUGGCGGACGCGGUGAAGGAGUGGCACGCGUGGGUCCACAGGGAAGAGCACUGGGCCCCCGAGGAGCACCGGGAGAGCCUACCGUCGCUGGAGUCUGAGUGGCGGCAGAAUCACCGCGCAUCGGAGCACGUAGGUCUGUGUCGGUGGCCCGCGCAUGUGGACCAUGCCGAGCCGAAGACGAAGUGGGACGAGGGGUGCGAUGCCGUUGCCUGCGACGCCGACGCGGCCACCUUCAAGCAGGCUUACGAGGCAGAUGCGCAGAUGAUCUUCUCGAAGGUCCAGCAUCACCACCAUCCCAACGGGAAGCCGCUCACACACUGCAUCAAGAAAGGCUGCAAACACGGCGACAAGUGCAAGCACGGCUUCCCGAAGACCAUGCUCAUGGCGGCCCCAGAUGGACCGAGAUUCCGCGUUGUGUGCCCUCAGGUGGCCAGGGAAGUCGGGCUUAAAGUGAACGGGCCGAGGAAUGCGUUGGGCGAGAUCGCGGGGCCUCGGAACGACGAUUUCCUGAGCGGGACUUGUCCAGCAUUGGCGGUGGCAUUUCGGAGCAACACGCACACGGCGCCGAACAACCGGCUCCCGCUGAUCACAGGCAUUACUCACGACCCGAACUGCCUGUGUCGACACGGCUCCAGAGAAGACACAGAAGAAGGGCACCUUCGACGCAUCGCAUUCGCGGUGCAGCGGUCCAUGUCGAACUCCUCGCGGUACAUCGGCGGGUGCAUUUCCAAGGUGCAGCGCGUCGGGAAGAAGGCGCUGGAACUGGCGAAGACCUGCCUGUCCACGCUGGCCGAGCGACUCCAUGGGAAGUCCGAGAUGCAGCAGACGCUCAACACUGUGCACCGCUGCAUCGGGGACUGGGAGGCCAAGGGCGUGGCGCGGACGAUCUUCGAGGAGGUGAACUUGGCGCACUUCGCGGACAGGCCGAACCCGCUCGCAGCGGAGUGCAUCACGUCGCGCCCUGUCGCCGACUUCUACGCGGGCUGCUUCCUCCAGAUCGUGGCCGACGAGACUCGGGCGGGGCGCGCGACGGCGCGGCGCCAGAAGAGGUCCGUGGUGUUCACGGACGCAGGCGAGGUGGCCACUCCGCCGGACGCGACGGCGCGAGCGUACGCCUACCGACCCAAUCAUGCCGAGUUGAAGACUUUGAGCCCGUGCGAGUUCGUCCGCUUGUUCGAGGUGGUACCAACGUACCCGCCACCAAGAGAUGCUUCGAAGCCAUCGACGGGCCCGACGGAGUGGAAGGCGAAUUCGCCGCCGGCCGCGGCUGAUGGGCCUCCACGGCCUGGGGUCCAUUAUGUCGUGAAGCCACCCGCGGAGGGAUGCAGGUACUUUGCGCUCGAAGAAGACCCAGACGACAUGGAGUUCGCGCACAUGUACGUGAUUGUACCCCGGGGCGUCCCCGCGCUACCCGUCUUCAUCGGGUCCGUCAUGCCUCAGCCCGAAAUGACGCCUGAGCGCCGCAGCGCCAUUUUGUCUGCGUACUUCCGACCAUGGACAUUGGUGUGCAAGUACGGAUCUUCUCGGGGGCCUGUUCCGCUAGCGAAGAAUCUGAACUUGCCGCCCAAGCGCCAGCGCUGUGGGAGGAGCGCGCCGAGCUUCCGAGUAGCCCUCAAGCACUACCUUCGCGGCCACAUCGUCUCGCCGUCCAACCGCAUCCUGUGGGCGAACGUGCUCCGCACCAUGACGACGAUGCCGGAGAACGCCGACGAGGGCGAGGACGACCAGGACUCGAAGCCGGUGGAGGCGCUACCCGAGAACGCGUUUCCGGUCCUCAGCCCCAGCAGCAUCAUGGCAGAGUUACGGCGAGUAGACCGAGACGCCGGGGCAGAUGCCGCUGGCGAGGACAUUGGGAACCUCUCCCAUUCGGUGCACAAAGCGCUGGAGCAGAGCAUGUCCUUCUGGGACCCGCCGAACAGGGCGCCCACGUUGAACUUGCCACUGCGACAGUCUGCUCUUCGGCAUUCCAGUGCAAUGCCAGCGGGGGCUCGCGGGAAUGCCCAGGAGCCACCGCGGAAGAUUGCGCGCUCCAAGAUGCGGGAGAAGCUGUACCCUGGCGACGCUGACCUGACAAGCAACAUCCAGAGCUGGCGGAGAGGACUGCAGACGCACCAGAUCACCCCCGACCCGCAGCAGAUGAGCAUCCUGGACGCCGUCGCCGACAGGUGCGUCCAGGAGGCCCGCGAGCAGGACCAGCUGCGCGGAUCGCCAUGCUCCCGGCUGUUCGUUCUCGGCCUGCCGGGUUCAGGGAAAUCGGAGGUCAUCCGGUGGCUGUGCGAGGAGGGCGUGGGGCUGUUCCCCACGUGCAUGGGAUGGGAACACGAGGUGCACUUCAUCAAGACCGCCCCCAUGAAUUCCAUGGCGAGCAACAUCGGUGGGCGAACCAUCCACAACUUCAGCAAGCUCGGAAUCGACCUCAUCACGGGAGUCCAGUCCGGCGGGAAGAAGGACCCGGAGUUGUCGGAGAACAUGCUGCACACGAAAAUCCAGCACAUGCGCUGGCUCAUCAUCGACGAGGUGGAGAACGUUUCGGUGGAGUUGCUGGACGCCGUGCACAGGCAGGUGAAGGACUCGACGAGGGACAAGGGAAACCCCUGGGCCGUGGACGCACGCGUUCCAAAACAGUUCGCCAUGUUCGGAGGGCUCAACCUGGUGCUGCUCGGGGACUUAUGGCAGAUACCGCCCGUCAGGAGUCUCAGUAUUGCCGCCAACCCAUUUGUCAAGAGACCCGCCAACGUCGGCCGCAUACUGGAGAUGUUCUGGACAGAGGGCUUGCCGCACUCGGUGACUAACCGCUACGCCCUGGCCCAGUCGCACCGCUGCUCAGACGUGUGGUGGAGAAGCUUUCUCGCCGAAGCGCGCGCUGGGAAUCUGUCGGACAGGAUGUACGAUUUCGUCCACGGCUUCCCCACUGAUGUGCCCGGCUCCUGGAUGCCCGCAAGCCCCGGCAGCGCCGAGGCCUCGACGGGGCACUUCGGCUGCGGGAAGGCGAAGUGCCGCGCGCUCUGGUCAGUUGAGUGGCCACGGAUGUUCGGAGAAGGUCGGGCCUGGGAGGACAUGAAAUCCCUGGAGUGCGCUGAGUGCAGCGCGGAACGCCAUCGGCGCUGCCGCGUCGCCUCUCAGAGCGAUGCCAGACAGCGGGAGGUGAGCACGGCGUUCGCGGACGCGCUGUUCGUGCACCCGUACAACGCCCCGAAGAGCAGGAUUCUGACGCUGCGAGCGGCGAAUGCGGCAGCCAAUGCUGGGAAGCAGCUCCUCUGGGUGGUGGCGCGCGAUGUCCCCCUCACUCGGGACGACGCAUGCAGGUCGACGGAGUCGCUCUCCCACGCCAGGCAGAACUGGCUCAUGUACCCCGAGAACAAGACUGGCGGAGUUCCGGGUGUGCUGCCGAUCUUCGAGGGGAUGCGGGCGCGGUUCACCACCACGGAGAAUGCGGAGGCGGGAGCCUGCAAGCACUCCUGGGGUACCGUGACGGGCUGGGUCCUCCACCCCGACGACUCGAAGUUGGUGAAAGACCACAGGUCCGAGCCGGAGCUGGUCCUGCAGCACGUGCCCGAGGCGAUCAUGGUGCAAAUUCCCGGGAACACGGCGCCCCGCUUUGGGAAUCAGCCCGCGGGCGUCUUCCCCGUGAAGCAGAGGGAGGUGUCCUGGGAUCGCAGUCCCGGCUUCAAGGCCAUGGUGAAGCGCGCGGGGCCCCCGCUGGUCCCGCACUUCGCCGCCACGGCCCACUGCGUCACCGGCGCCACGCUGCCGCAGGCCAUUAUCGACCUCCUGGACGCGCGCACGACGCCCCGCGCAGCCAUGGUCCCCACGGGCUACGUGGCCAUCAGCCGCACCAGGAGGGCUGACGAUCUGAUCAUCACGCAGCCUUUUUCGCCCAUGCUUUUCCGCCAGGGGCAUCAGACGGGCCCAUGGCUCUUGCACUCCCUGACAGCCGGGGAGAUGACGACGGAGCAGGCGGAAGCCGGCUGGGCCAAGGCAGAGAAGGAAGCCGCGUCCAGGUCGUCCAAGAAGUUGGUGGACGUCACUUUCCAGUGCGCCGACUGCCACCAGCGGAAGAGAGCGGGCAACUUCCCAGGACGUGGCAUGAGAGCGAGCGACCCCGUGGAGCACGCCGUGGCAGUCCUGAGCCAGGGCGCGUGGAGGAGGUGCGCCCUCUGCGCGCAGAAGCAGGCCGGAAAGGAUGUGCAGAGGCCUGCCCCUCUGCCCGGCGAGCUCCGUUGCUUUGAAUGCGGCAAAGCCAGGCGCGUCUCGGAGUACGACAAGAAGAUGUUGGAGCAGUUGCGCUCAGAUGACGCCCUCGAGAGAGCGGUAUGCCUGGCGUGUCGCCCCGCGCAACUGCACCGGCCACCGUCGAGGACAGGUGCGCUGUACACGUGCUUCCAGUGCGGGGGCCUGAAGGGCAUGGAGCACUUUGACCUGGGCCAGCUGAAUAUGCAUGGGGGGCCCGAGUGCGUUGUGUGCAAGGAGUGCGUCGACCUGCGCACGCGCCCUCCUUGCGGGAAGUGCGGGGCGAGGCCAGAGAGGAAUCUGCAUUACAGCCAGAGUAAUUACCAGUGUGAGGCCUGCAGAUUCCCGAAUUGCGACGUCUGCAAGGUAGUCCCGCGGCCGCGCAGCACGAAGUAUCUGGCGGCCAACAGGCCGUCGUGGACGUGCCCGGCGUGCCCGCGGGUCGGUCAGUGCGUGGCCUGUGGCGCCCCGUCACCAGACGCGGCCAAAACUGGUCGGCGUUCUGCGAACUGGGAAGGGCCGAGGUACACGUGCGACGCGUGCCUCUGGCCGCCAUGCAGCGCGUGCAAGAAGGCGCCGCGGCCGCACGACCGCCGGUGGACAGUUCGCGUUGCCCCGGACUGGAAAUGCGCAGAUUGCGCGAAGACGCGCAAGCGAGGGAAGAGGUGCGCGUAG